UUGUUAGACAUAGCUUUAUACAUUCGUAUAUAGCCUAAUAGAUUAAUAGUCUAAGCUAAAGAGGCCUACAUGGUUUAGUUCAAUGGACUCAUCGGUAUCCAUGAUUAUUAUUGCCUGUAUGGUUUGUUAAUGUUGUCUACAAUGCUAUCACUCUGGUCAGUUUUAAAUCUCCGUGACUACAUUUACAAAGUCAGUGAUCACAAGUGCUUACGAAGGAAACAACUGUAUCCUGUUAAAAAGUUAUAUCUAUUCACUUAAGUUCUUGAAUGUCUGCUCGGUGACGGGUGUGUUUAUUUACCGAGUAAAACCUGUGACAGCGGAACGACCGCUAUCGUGAAGGAACUGAAGUUACUGAACAGUCCAACUGUAUCCGCACCCCGAUAACAUGUUCGGAAUUCCUGCUUGGAGGAAGAGCCGCUCUUUCCGGGUGCCUUCCACACUACUCUCCCACUCACCCGCUCUCCCUCUUCACGGCGAGUUUACAAAGUCACCAACAAACCACUGUUGUUGGGAAAACUACCAACACGCUGUUGGCUCAGACGAUUGAAAGCGAAUCGUUUUAACCACGCCGCAAGAAGCGUAGUGUUUAGAGCUGGGAGUAGCCUAGUUCGCUUUGUUUUCGUUGGGCUUAUUCUGAUGCGGGGUGUUUUCUCCGAGACAACGUUUUGUGAAAAACCGCUGUAAAUGCUGGAGCGAUGGCAACGGCCCAGGUGAUGUAUGACUUCACAGCUGAACCAGGAAAUAAUGAGCUGACAGUCAAAGAAGGAGAGAUCCUCACCAUUAUAAACCAGAAUGUUGGUGGAGGAUGGGUAGAAGCUCAGAACUCCAAAGGAGAAUGUGGGCUUGUGCCAGAAGACUACAUACAGGCUGGCACAGCUGCCUGUCCUGAUGCCUACAGGCAUGAGUCAACCAACAACACAAACACUCAGGUUGCUAACGGUAACAACCCUUGGUCCCCGGGAGGUGGUUACCCCAGCGAACCUGCCGGGGGUUGGAACACCCAGGGACACCCCCAAACACAACACAACGCAGGUGAGGAAGAUGAUGAUGGUGAAUGGGAUGAAGAGUGGGAUGAUUCCAGGUCUACAGGAGGUGAUGGAGACACACCAGUGGAUGAGGACGGAGGAGCCACGGGACACAACCUACACUCACACAGGAAACGAACACUCAGCAAGUUUCCCUUCUCCAAGACCCCCAACCCUGAGUUGUACCUGCUGGCUAAACUACCACCUAAAGGCAAGGACAGGCUGCCCAUCUACAUAGCAGAUGUGGGCCCAGUGUGGUUAUAUCCAGAGUCUCCUCUUGACUGUGUUGUGGCCGACCCUAAAAAAGGUUCCAAGCUGUACGGCCUGAAGAGCUACAUAGAAUACCAAGUCACACCCAAUACGACCAGCAGGCCUGUCAAUCACAGGUAUAAGCAUUUUGAUUGGCUGUAUGAGCGCCUGUUGGAGAAGUUUGGUUCUGCCGUCCCCAUCCCUUCCCUUCCCGACAAACAAGUCACAGGUCGUUUUGAGGAGGAGUUCAUUAAGAUGAGGAUGGAGAGGCUUCAGGGGUGGAUGUGUCGAAUGUGCCGUCAUCCGGUCAUCUCCCGCAGUGAGGUCUUCCAGCUCUUCCUCACGUACAACGACGAGAAGGAGUGGAAGACCGGAAAGAGGAAAGCUGAGAAGGAUGAGUGUGUUGGACCUCUGAUCUUCUCCACCAUUGACCCUGAGGCACCAGAGCUGGACUCAGUUGAAGUGGAGCAGAGGUGUGAGCUGUUCAGCAAGUUUACCAAGUCAAUGGAUGAUGGAGUUAAAGACCUGCUGAACGUGGGCAAUAUACACUGGAAACGAUGUACUGGCCCUCUGCCUAAGGAGUACCAGAAGAUUGGGAAGGCCUUUCAGAAUCUGUCGUCUGUGUUCAACACUAGUGGAUAUCAAGGAGAGACCACGCUUACAGAUGCUCUAACAGCUGCAGGGAAAACCUAUGAAGAGAUUGCGCAGAUUGUGGCUGAGCAGCCCAAAAAAGACCUUCAUUUCCUGAUGGAAACAAACCAGGAAUACAAAGGACUGCUCGGCAGCUUCCAUGACACUGUGGCAGGGCACAAGGCUGCUAUAGAUAAGGUGAAGGAAGCUGAUAAAAUGAUGCUAGCUGGAAAGAUCACCACACAGGACAAAGUGACCAUGGGAAAACGCACCAGUAUCAUGUCCUACUCACUUCAAGCUGAGAUGAACCACUUCCAUAGCAACCGUAUCUAUGACUACAACAGAGUCAUGCAGCAUUACCUGGAAGAACAGAUCAGGUUCUAUGAAACGAUUGCUGACAAGCUGAAGCUAGCUCUUAGCCAGUUCACCACUCUGUGAAGGGAAAUGCACGCACACACGGGCCUUGUUGUUCCCUGCUUCUACUGCUUCGUCAACCGACAACCAUAACCUCAUUUUCUGAGGACAAACUUGGAUGGAUCAGUGUCAUGGAUGAGGUCCUGAGAAGACCCUGCCACACUGGGCCUUCAUCCACACCAGGAACUGAAGAGAACGAUGUUGUUGUAUUUUAAUGUGACGCUGCAGACCGACCUGCAGUGUUUUGUUCCCUAAUCCGUAAAUACUGCAAUAUAUCUUUUUAUUUAAAAUAUAGAUAUAUAUAGAUAUGUAUAUAUUUAUAUUUAAAGUUUACUUUUGGUCGGAGGUUUUCUCUGUGUUACUGAACAAACGUUGUUCAUCUUGUUCUGAAAAAAGUGAAUGAAAGAGAGUGCGAGAGAGUACCAAAUAUCAUGUGACUCAUCAGCCUUCCUCCCCCUUGACCCCUCCCACUCGGGAAAACACACUGCUGGCUCUGUUUGCCUGUUUCAUCCCCCUCCGGCCGUCUCGCCGCGCACGCACACACACACACACACACACACACACACACACACACACACAGAGAUAUGCAGAAGCCUACUCUCACAAAACGAUUUCACCACUCUCGGCGUGACCCUCAUUCAUCCAACAAAAGGACACAUACAUUGCACACUGUAACAGUCUGAAUGCGACCCUGCUGAUGUUGGUUCUCCACCCAUUCCGGCUUUAUGUCUCCUCUCUGUCCCCCUCCCUCCCUUUCUAACUCUGCUCACCCCCUUUUUCUCUGAGCGAUUGGAAACCGGGACUGGGCUUUUAACCUAAGGACCAAACGUGAAAGAGCAAUCGAUGAAAGGGACAUGUUUAUCUGUGUAUAUAGUGUUCUUUCCUUCCUGCCUCACUGAUAUUCUCCAGCACACUUAAACAUAACAAGGCCAGGAUUCAAUUUGAUCCGGUUCCCUCAGCUAUGUAACUUUUUAUCUCUGUUAACCCAGUACUAAAUUCUACAGUUUUUCAGUGUACUCAGUUAAGUUCUGGGUCCAUUCCUGGUUAUGAGCUCCCACAUUCCAAAAUGCAUUAUUGUUGAUUGGUCCAAAACCCAGGAACUAAUGCUGCUCGUUACCUCAAGCUUCCUUAUGUUUCAUCACAGAUCUCUGACAUAAUGUGUCUUUGUGGUCUUUCCACCAGAAAUUUGCUGUCUUUUAAAUGCCAUGCAUCCGCUAUGGCAGAGACUGCAUGGUAAGGCCUAAAUCUCUUCAUGUGUCUGCUCAAUGGAAGGUUAACAAUAAUCUGCAACCAUGCUAUAUCACAGGUCUGCCACUUCCAUCUUUUAAGAACCCUUCUAUCACAACACUACUACUGUAAAUGUUACAUUUUCUGUCAGCAGAAUUGUAACAAUGUCCUUUAAAAUGUGAUUUAUAAUUCAGAUGUAAUCGACAUCUAGUGUAACAGUUUGCCAGGGCUGUGUUAUUCAUAUGUAAUGGUUAUCCAGUAUGUCAGGGUCAUGUUAUUCAGAUGUUGUCAUCUACUGUAACAGUAUGUCAGGGCUGUGUUAUUCAGAUGUUGUCAUCUACUGUAACAGUAUGUCAGGGCUGUGUUAUUCAGAUGUAAUGGGCAUCUAGUGUAACAGAAUGUUAGGGCCGUUUUAUCCAGAUGUGAUGGUCGUCUUGUGUAACAGUAAGUCAGGGCCAUGAUAUUCAGAUAUAAUGGUAAUCUUGCCAGGGCUGUGUUGUGGACAGGAAAUGUCUCCCCUGUUGUGCAAUUCUUGUCAUACAUAUGCAAUAAACAAAAAUAUUAAUUU